UAAAGCUCUAGUUCAUUAGAAUUUGGUGUCAUGCUACACAAAAUUUUCCAAAUGAUUCGGAGAUGUUUAAACAUCCAGAUCCGAACCUACUUCAGGGCCGGCGCCAAAGUGCAGAGCGGAAUUGAGCAAGAGGAGCAGUGAAUAAGAAUUCACAGCUUUCUCUGAUCAGAACUUUAGAUCCUCGGCAAUUCUCGGGAAGGAAGCUACAUCCGGUAGCUUACUCGUCGCUCUUCCACAGAAAGAAACGCUAAACCCUAAAGCUGUAGAUCGAUCCGGCCAUGGAGGAGAGGGAGUCGAAGAACGAGGAGGCGCCGGCGACGGAGAACGACGAGGGAAACUUGGCGGAGGAAGCCAGCGGCGGGACGAAGGAGGAGAGUUUGAUCGUGUCUGGUAAGUCCGAGCAGAUUAUCGACGAGGCUGGAAGCCGAACUUUUACAAUGAGGGAACUGUUGAAUGAGUUGAAAAAUGAGGAGGCGGGAGCCGGGAAAGAGGCGAUUGCCGAAAACUCCAGCUGCGGGGAGGAAGUUCAGCGGGCUAGCACUGCAGCCUCUGAUGGGAGCCGUAGGGAUGGUGGGUCUUCUUUCAGUCAGGAAAGCUUUCCACAGCACUCGAUUAUGGAGAAUGAUAUUUCCAUGGAUUUAAUCAACAAGGUUUCUGGAACUGAUGACGAAGGCAGAUCUCGACAGAAAAUCCUGGUUUUCUCAGCUAAAAGGUAUGCUGAUGCUAUAGAAAAAAAUCCUAAUGAUCAUGAUGCUUAUUACAACUGGGCUCUUGUUCUUCAGGAAAGUGCUGAUAUUGUUGCUCCAGACUCCACGAAUCCCACAAAAGAUUCAUUACUUGAGGAGGCCUGUAAAAAAUAUGAGCAGGCUACACAACUAUGUCCUACCCUUCAUGAUGCAUUUUACAAUUGGGCUAUUGCUAUAUCUGACCGAGCGAAAAUAAGAGGUCGAACUUUAGAGGCUGAAGAGCUGUGGAAGCAGGCUACAAAAAAUUAUGAAAAGGCUGUUCAGCUUAACUGGAACAGUCCUCAGGCCCUUAACAAUUGGGGUCUUGCUCUACAGGAACUUAGUGCUAUAGUUCCUAUUCGGGAGAAGCAGAACAUUGUUCGGAUGGCUAUAAGCAAGUUUCGUGCCUCUAUUCGUCUUCAGUUUGAUUUUCAUAGGGCAAUUUACAAUCUAGGAACAGUCCUGUAUGGCUUAGCAGAGGACACAGUAAGAGCUGGAAGGCUUGUUAACCAAAAGGAAAUAUCUCCCAAGGAACUUUACAGUCAAUCUGCUAUUUAUAUUGCAGCCGCUUAUGCUUUAAAGCCUAAUUAUUCGGUCUAUCGCAGCGCCUUGAGGCUAGUUCAUUCAAAGAUACCUUUACCCUACCUUAAAGUGGGACAUUUGACUGCACCACCUGCCCGAAAUCCAGUGGCACCACAUGCUGAUUGGGAAAGAUACCAAUUUGUUCUAAAUCAUGAGGGACUCCAGCAGGUUGGAAAAAAUGAGCAGGAAUCAGCACAAACCUCUUACGGGCGAAUACAGGGAUCAGGGCAAAGUGUUAAACCGAUAAUUAAAGUUGAAAUCCCAGAUAUUCUCUCUGUGUCCGCUUGUGCGGACCUAACCCUACCCCCUGGUGCAGGUCUGUGUAUAGAAACGGUUCAAGGGCCUGUUUACUUGGCGGCGGAGACGUGGGAGUCUCUGGACGGAUGGCUGGAUGCCAUUCGCCUUGUUUACACCAUCUAUGCCAGAGGGAGGAGCGACGUUCUCGCUGGAAUUAUUGCCGAUUAAUUCGUUCACAUUUCCUUCAUCGGUUUUAUUUAUAUAUUCCUGAAUUAUUUAUUUUGCAUGAAUUCAGUUAUUAAGACGGAUGGAAUAUAUUUACUCGGGCUUUAUUUGUUUGUUUUUGAAUUAGAAAAUGUUUUAUUUUGUUCUUGGAAGAUUUA